UGGAUAUCAUAUAAAGCGUCCCUUCCUGAUAAAGGAAGUGAAAGUCAUUGGUUAACGUAUUAUAUCUGGACACUCAAGCAUUCUAGACUUCUACUUCGGAGAGUUAUCACCUGCAGAACAGUCAAAGAACAAUUUCUAAGCUGACCUCUCGGCCAGUGGCAGACCAGUGCAUCCCAUAGAAAUGAGUGCCCUGCAUGUCGUUGCUGUGUUGUCUUCCUGCUUCAGCCUUCUGUGCCUGUACCAAGCCUUGAACACAGACUAUUGGAGAGCAGCUCCCGGAAUCCAUCUGGGUCUAUGGAAAGUUUGUAAGCACCAUGAAUGUUUUCCAACAUUCAUGGUGCUGGAAUUAGGUCCUAUACGUGCCGUCCAAGCCUUCAUGUUUCUGGGGCUGAUUAGUGGCGUUGUCUCUCUCGGUGGGCUUUGUGUCCUGUUUUGGAAACCCCUUCUUUGCAAAAUCUCCAUGAGCAGGACUGCAUGUCUUGCCAGCUUUUCUGCAGCCCUCUGCGUCAUGAUUGCCAUGUCCAUUUUCGCAAGUUAUAAUGACCCCGACAAUGGAUGGUCUUUUGGCUUGGCUGUUUUAUCUUUUCUUUUUUAUCUUCUAACUGGUGGUCUUGCUUGUACAUUGCAUAGGAGGAAACUUCCAAGUGGCCUCCAUGAUUAUCAGAAAAAGUACUAAUGACUAGAAGACUGCAAGGGAUAUACGUAAAUCCUUCCCUCUUCCACCAUUCAGUCAGAACUGAAGAAGCAUCUUGGAUGAGAAGUGAAAUGUCUUCAAGGGGGGGGAGUCC